AUGGAACACCCAGCUCUCACACUUUCUGGUUUGUGCCUCGUCGGCGGCGCCAUGGGUUUCGCCCGUAAAGGUUCCGUGCCCUCAUUGGCUGCCGGUAUCACCUUCGGUGCCAUUUAUGCUUCCGCCGGUUACUUGUUGAAGCAGAACCGUGACUGGGGCUUGGAGAUCGCCUUGGGUGCCUCCACUGCUUUGCUUGCCGCUGGUAUUGGAAGAUCAAUUCCAACCAAGUUCCGCAAGCCAGUGCCAUUGGUGCUUUUGGGAUUGGGUGCUGUGCUGACUGCUUACUACGCCAAGAAGUACAACGAGUUCUACCCAAUCUGGAACUAA